UAAGCAAGAUUAGAUGACUCCAUCGAUGCCGAGAUUCGGCAACACGAUUCGAGCUCAGAUCGGAUAUCGCCGGAAGUCGGUGAAGUGUCUUGGCUGCUCGGAAUUCGGUCGUGCACCAGCCCUCCCGUUGGGAGCUGCUCCCAAAAAUGCCCGCAACAUGGCUACGUUGCGCGAAAUCGAGCUACGGUUGAAGUCGGUCAAGAAUAUCGAGAAAAUUACCAAGGUGCGCCGAUGUCUUUUCGUAUUAUUUUUGGGCGUUGACCGCGGAUACUUCUUGUGAUGUGCAGUCUAUGAAGAUGAUUGCUUCCACUAAGCUUGCAAAGGCGCAGCGUGCCAUGCAGAGCGGCAAGCAGUAUGGUCUUGCUAACUCCGAGAUAUUCCAGCAUGCUCCUUCGGAAAC